AUGGAGGGUACUCAUAGUGGACGAGGUUGCGGUCGCGGAAUUAGGCAACCCUCAACUGCAGGGGGUAAUCGGGAACCCACGCCUGAACCAAACCCUGAACCUAGGAUCGACCCUAACGCUCAAGUGGCCACUGCUAUUCAGCGAAUGACUGAUCUGUUGGCCCACGUAGUGGAACACCAGGGCCAAUUUCCUGUGCAUCAACCUAGAAACCCUGGUAAUCAUAUAGAGGGUGAGGACAGAGCCCUCAAAAGAUUCCAAAAGUUCUCCCCACCAAAAUUUCUGGGAGGACCAGAUCCAGAUGUGGCCGAAAGGUGGUUGGAGAAGAUGAUAGACAUAUUUGCGGCUUUACACUAUACGGAGGAGAGACGGGUUACUUUUGCUGUCUUCCAGUUAGAGGGGACCGCCCGUUCUUGGUGGAACGGGCUAAAUGUGAAAAUUCAGAAGGAUCUGGCGGUAGCCCAGAUUAAUACAUUUAGUGAGGCAUUGGAAAAAGCAUUACGAAUUGAAAAUGCGAGAUUCAAAGUUAGAAAUUUCCAAGUGAAGAAAAGAGGAUUCCCUGUAAGUAGUUCAGAGCAAGGUGAUAAAGGUAACCCUCCAAAGUCUGGAAGGGGAAUCGGAGGAGUGAGACUUCCGGAGAUGGCAAGAGGAACCUCACCAAGGGAUGGUCAGGUUGGACGAGGCCAACAGAGGAGUGCCUCGCAAGGAGGCUCGGGCCCCAUUUCCCGUGGCCCUUGUGGAUAUUGUGGGAAACCAAAUCACACGGAAGACAACUGUUGGAGGAAUGAAAGAAAAUGCUUAAGCUGUGGGAGUGCGGAGCAUCAAUUUGCCAACUGUCCGGUUUUACCGCAAGAAGCGAGAGGGACUCCGCAGUCGUCAAAGGUCAACCCUGGGCAAUCCAAGGUGGAAGGGACGAGACAAAAGGUGCUAGCUCGGGUAUACUCCCUUGAGCAAUAUCAAGUCCCUGACUCAUCUGGGGUCGUAGAAGGUACGAUCCCUGUCUUCCAUCGUCUAGCAAGAAUUUUGAUAGACCCCGGUGCUACCCAUUCCUUUGUUAACCCCGAUUUUAUGUGCGAAAUUGAUAUAAAACCUGUUAGCUUGCCUUAUGACUUGGAAGUUAGUAUUCCUACGGGGGACCAACGAAUGAUCACUAGUAUGAUGUAUGCUAAUUGUGAAAUUUGGGUAGGAGAGAGGAAGCUAUUGGGAAACCUUAUAAGCUUAGCUAUUAAGGGUACGACGUUAUAUUGGGAAUGGAUUGGUUAG